UUUAGGAGCAGAACCCUGUGUCCAGGACACUGUGGGAGGACCCAGGGUCAUGCUCUUUUAAGAGUCUAGGUGCUGCCAUGUGUUCAGGGCCUGAAGGGGCCUCCGAUACUCAUCUUGGAGCUACAGCGGUGGAAGCCUUGUCCCCUUUAAGUAGAGAGCGGGCUGCAGUGCGUGGACUAUGCCCAGCCAGUGGGAGGGAGCUCCUGGGCCCCUCCUCGGGAGGGCGAGGGAGGGACCUGGUGUGUGGCUGGGAGCUGUGGGCAGUACAGAGACUGCAGACAUGCUGUGUGGGCUCAGCCGGGACAGCCCUGCGGAGGCAGACGAUGGGCCUUACUCAAAAGGGGGGAAGGACGCAUCGGGGGCUGACGGGGCCCUGGUGUGCCGACGCCAGAGCAUUCCAGAGGAGUUCCGGGGCAUCACCAUGGUGGAGCUGAUCAAGCGUGAGGGCAGCACUCUGGGCCUGACUAUCUCAGGAGGGACCGACAAGGACGGGAAGCCCAGAGUCUCCAAUCUGAGACCUGGGGGCCUGGCGGCCAGGAGUGAUCUCCUGAAUGUGGGUGACUACAUCCGCUCAGUGAACGGGAUCCAUCUGACCCGGCUCCGACAUGACGAGAUCAUCACCCUGCUGAAGAAUGUGGGCGAGCGCGUGGUGCUGGAGGUGGAGUAUGAGCUGCCCCCGCCCGCUCCUGAAAACAACCCGAGGAUCAUUUCUAAGACGGUGGAUGUCUCCCUCUACAAGGAAGGCAAUAGCUUUGGCUUCGUCCUCAGAGGAGGUGCCCAUGAGGACCUGCACAAAUCCCGUCCGUUGGUCCUGACUUACGUGCGACCUGGUGGCCCAGCAGACAGGGAGGGCUCUUUGAAGGUGGGCGACAGACUGCUGAGCAUAGACGGGAUCCCACUGCAUGGGGCCAGCCACGCUACCGCAAUGGCCACCCUGCAGCAGUGCAGCCACGAGGCCCUCUUCCAGGUGGAGUACGACGUGGCCACCCCAGACACCGUGACCAAUGCUUCAGGCCCAUUGGUGGUAGAAAUAGCCAAAACCCCAGGAUCUGCCCUGGGGAUCUCCCUCACCACUGGCUCCCACCGGAACAAGCCGGCUAUCACCAUCGACCGCAUCAAGCCAGCCAGCGUGGUGGACAGGAGUGGUGCCCUGCAUGCUGGAGACCACAUCCUGGCCAUUGACGGCACCAGCACAGAACACUGCUCACUGGUGGAGGCCACCAAGCUCCUGGCCAGUGUGACUGAGAAAGUGCGGCUGGAGAUCUUGCCUGCACCCCAGAGUCGUCGGCCCCUGAAGCCCCCAGAGGCAGUGAGAGUACAGAGGAGCGAACAGCUGCACCGCUGGGACCCCUGUGUCCCCUCCUGCCACAGCCCAAGGCCAAGCCACUGCAGGGCCCCCACCUGGGCACCUGGAGGCCAGGACCAGAGCCGAUCCUUGUCCUCAACUCCCUUCUCCUCACCGACCGUGAACCCCGCCUUUCCCUGUGCCAACGCCAGCACCCUGCCCCGAGGACCCAUGAGCCCCAGGACAACAGCGGGGCGGAGGAGGCAGCGAAGGAAAGAACACAGGAGUUCUUUGUCACUGGCCUCCAGCACGGUAGGACCAGGCGGGCAGAUUGUUCAUACGGAGACCACGGAAGUUGUGCUCUGUGGAGACCCCCUCAGCGGCUUCGGCCUCCAGCUCCAGGGAGGCAUCUUCGCCACCGAGACCCUGUCCUCUCCUCCAUUGGUGCGCUUUAUUGAACCUGACAGUCCCGCUGAGAGGUGUGGUCUGCUGCAGGUGGGGGACCGUGUCCUAGCCAUCAACGGCAUUGCCACUGAGGACGGAACGAUGGAAGAAGCCAACCAGCUGUUGCGGGAUGCUGCACUGGCCCGCAAAGUCGUUUUGGAGAUUGAGUUUGAUGUAGCAGAGUCUGUCAUCCCAAGCAGCGGGACCUUCCAUGUGAAGUUACCCAAGAGGCGUGGUGUGGAGCUGGGCAUUACCAUCAGCUCAGCCAGCAGAAAGCGAGGGGAACCCCUGAUCAUCUCCGACAUCAAGAAGGGCAGCGUGGCGCACAGGACUGGCACCCUCGAGCCAGGCGACAAGCUGCUGGCCAUUGACAAUAUCCGCCUGGACCACUGUCCCAUGGAGGACGCUGUGCAGAUCCUGCGCCAGUGUGAGGACCUUGUCAAGCUGAAGAUCCGGAAGGAUGAGGAUAACUCAGAUGAGCAGGAGAGUACAGGGGCCGUCAGCUACACAGUGGAGCUGAAGCGCUAUGGUGGACCCCUGGGCAUCACCAUCUCGGGCACCGAGGAACCUUUCGACCCCAUCAUCAUCUCUGGCCUCACCAAGCGUGGCCUGGCUGAAAGGACUGGUGCCAUCCAUGUGGGGGACCGUAUCCUGGCCAUCAACAGCGUGAGCCUCAAGGGCCGGCCCCUGAGCGAGGCCAUCCACCUUCUGCAGGUGGCAGGGGAGACUGUCACACUGAAGAUCAAGAAGCAGCUGGACCGUCCCCUCCUCCCCCGCCAGUCGGGCAGCCUCAGUGAGGCCAGUGAUGUGGAUGAGGACCCUCCCGAGGCCCUCAAGGGAGGCUUGCUGACAGCCCGCUUCUCACCUGCUGUCCCCAGUGUGGACAGCGCUGUGGAGUCCUGGGGCAGCUCGGCUACAGAGGGUGCCUUUGGGGGCCCAGGCUCCUACACUCCACAGGUGGCGGUCCGAGGUGUGACUCCCCAGGAGUGGCGAACCAGCAGACUGAAGAGCAGCCCCCCACCCCUUGAGCCCCGGAGGUCAAGCUACACACCUGGCCCCGCUGAUGAGAGCUUCCCGGAGGAGGAGGAGGGGGACUGGGAACCACCGAUGAGCCCAGCCCCUGGCCCCGCCCGAGAGGAGGGCUUCUGGAGAGUGUUUGGAGAGGCCCUUGAAGACCUGGAGUCCUGUGGUCAGUCGGAACUGCUAAGGGAGCUGGAGGCUUCCAUCAUGACAGGUGCUGUGCAGACUGUGGCUGUGGAUGGCAGGCCUGGGCCUCGGCCCUGGCGCCGGAGCCGGGAGGUCCGAACAUCCCCUGAAGACCUGCAGGAGCUGCUGUUGCCAACGCCCCUGGAGAUGCACAGGGUGACCCUGCACAAGGACCCGGUGCGGAACGACUUUGGCUUCAGCGUCUCAGAUGGCCUCCUGGAGAAGGGUGUCUAUGUCCACACUGUGCGCGUCGAUGGGCCAGCCCAGCACGGGGGUCUGCAGCCCUUUGACAGGCUCCUGCAGGUCAACCAUGUUCGCACUCGGGACUUCGACUGCUGUCUGGCCGUUCCACUCCUGGCAGAGGCUGGGGACAUCCUGGAGUUGGUGGUCAGCCGGAACCCACUGGCCCAGAGCCGCCGGACACCACGAGCACCAGGCCCCGGCAGUCCCCAGAUGCUCUGAGGUCAUCAUGUAGCUCAGCUGGAGGAGUGGACCCCCCAACUCAUCCAGCUGUGGGUCUGCAGAUUCCACACCCGGCAGAGUGGCAUCAUCAAGGUGGAUCUUCAAGACGCUCAGAGAACCCCAACUAACGGGGGUCAGACCUGCUGCUCAGCCAGGAGAGAGUCGGGGUUCCUCCAGAUCCCUGCACUGUUACCUCCGAGCAGCGACAGGCAUGGGGGCAGCCCAGCUCAGUGUGGUAACCGAAAUGAGCUGCCCGUGUUUCCCGUCCUGGGAGGCGAAUCAGCAGGAGGACAGUCCUGGACUGUGGCAGGAAGCGUUCGGUGAUCCAACUGGACCGGUGGUACCCAGUCACACAGGGACCCUGCCACCAGGAAGGAUGAGGCACAAGGAGAAUAGCAACCCCCUUCCUCCCAAACCCUGGUGUUCUGAGAGCCUCCAGCAUCCAAUGACCACACUGGGAAACCCCAAGUAGGGACAUCUGGGAAUGCUAGCCUUUUCCUUCAGGUUGGUGGCUCAAUCAUUUCAGCUUCGUGGUUGGUUCUAUACCCCAGAGCAGAGCGGUGGCUAUCAACCCUCCCGCUCCACAAAACUGUAGCCCAAGUCACUGCUCGGGGUGGAAAAGUCCGGGAGCAUCCACUGACCUGCUGUUCCAACAGAUACGGAAACAAGGCUGAGUCACAGCUCUCCUGCCGACCCUGCCGGUGGAAGGAAGGAGGAGGAAGAGGAGAGAGAGAAGCUGAGAUGGAGAGAAAAUGGUUGAAAGACAAGAGAGCAGCAAGGAGGAGCAAGGUCCAAAGAGGCUGUUCAAGGAGGCCCCCUCUUACAGCUGGGGAUACCAGCAUCCCCUAAAUCGGGCUUCCUUCAUCUCCGCCAAGCAGAGCCCUUUCAGCUUCAGGCAGGACAUCAGCCACCUCCCAGUGGUCUGGGCUGGUCUGGGGAUUGGCUUUGUGUUUGCCCAGCUCAAGGUCUCAAGGACCCAGGGGCCUCCAACCCUUCCCCACCUCCCCUUCUCUGCCCUGAAAGACUCCCUGCUCAAGAGGACAGGUGGGAGCCCAAGAAGCCAUUCUUUGCUCCUGGUGCCCUUCUUGGCUGUGCGACCUUGGGUGAAUCUGAGCAGACCCAGCGCCAUCUCCACCUACCCACUGAGACCCCUCGGCUCUCUGCUCUUCCUCGGCUUCCCCCACACCUUGCCCUUUGUGAUGGCUUCUCCGGGGUCCCUCUGCUUUCACUGCCCCAGGGUAAAAAGAUACUGCCCACCCAUCAUGGGCAACAGACAGAUCAACAUCUUCAGCCUUGAGGGCAGGUGAAUGGCACAGCAGAGAGGUGACUCCUGGCCACCAGCACCCGGGACUGUGUGAACUUGGGCAGAUGGCUCAACCGCUUUGGGUUUCUGGUAUGUGGCAGGAUUGACUGUACUCUAGGGUCUCUUGGCUUGGGAAAUCUGUGUUCCACUCAAAGACUCCAGGCUCUUAAAACACACAACUCACCCCCUGCCCUCCCCUCGGGCUGAGGCUCUCCCAUCCUCCCAGACAUAUGCAACUAGGCCAAGCGGGUGGUCCUCCUGGCCAUGGCCUGAGGCCUUCUCAUAUGCAAUAUCCCCCUGGCUUCUCACAGGGGUGUUUGCCCCCACACAACAUCCCUAGCUCCCUCCCCAGUGAGCAUCCUGCCUGCCUAUGCAUUUUGGGUACCUCCCCUGUGACACCCCCCCACCCCACCCCCAGAGCUGUAUUUUUCUCUGGCUAAUAUUAGAACAUAUUCCUUGUAAAGUAUUUUUCUAUGUGGGUUUUCUUAGGGCACCCAGGAAGCACCCAGCAUAUCCAUGGCUCCAUUGCACAGGCUGGUUUAUCUGGUCUGUCUGGGACCCAUGGAUAAAUCUUAGUCCCACCAGGUAUCACAGAGACUGGGGGGAGGUGAGUGCUAUUGGGAUGAAUUUUUAAUAAAAUUGGUUAAAUGCA